AUGAAAGAUGCUUUUUUGUAUGAUUCAAUGAAUGUACUAAUAAAGGAAACUAACAUUUAAUUAACUAGUCAAUCAGCCUUGUAUGAUCAGAGAUUGAAAACAAUAAUUAAUCAGAGUAUGUAUUUUUAAAUGAUUCAUUAGUUUUCAGAAAACAAAGGAUGUUUUAAAACAUAUAUUUAUUUGUUGAUGUUAAUGAACAGAUAAUUCAAACUUAAACACCUUUUUAUUGUCCUCCUAAUAUUUCAUAGGCAGAAUCUAAAUCUUUCUUUUGCCUCAUGGCUUAUUAAUAUGAUUAAACUAAUUAUACAAAUCUAUAAAAUGAAAUCAAAAAGUAAUUUUAGGUUAUUUCGAUAUUUCAUGAAACCCUACUAAUGUUUGACCAAUCUUAAUUCAUAGCAACAGGUAUAGCCUAUACAACAAAUGAUCAGGUUCCUAUUUUGGGCACUUGGCCAGCCUUGAAUUCAACUUUAUCAUAUAAUGCUCAUUAGCGAUCUUGGUAUUUAGGCCACUUAAAACAAAUGGGAAAUGGAAAAUAAUACCUCUUUAGUGAUUUAUUUACUACAAUUCUUGGCUCAUACACUAUUGCCAUAUCUCAAAAUAUAACUAAUAAACAUAAUAAUUUUGAAGGUGUCGUCUUUAAUCUAAUGGAUUUUGGAGUUUUUAAAAAAAACUUUAACGCUGAUUACAUCUUGGCUAAUAAUUAAGGUUAGAUUAUCAUAGGGUAAUUUAAUUACCCUGAGAAUACCACCAAACCUGUAUUUUUUUUUAAUGACUCAAUUACUGGGUUCAAUCAAAUUGAUUGGGAAUCGAUAACCACUUUAAUUGAUGGAAAAUCAAAUCAAUCGAAUUUCAAAUCUCUUAAUAAUUGCUCUUUAGAUGUCUCAAAUUAUUUAUGCAGAUAUAAUUCCCUGUAUCGCUAAGAAGUCCUUUUAAUUGCUAAAUAGCUUGAGUAUCCUCCAUAUCCUCCUCAUAUUGUCAUCAUGUAAUUCAUUCCAUUAUUAAAGUUUCAAGAACAUCACUGAACUUUAACAAUAAGUAGAUUUACUCAAUUAAGACAUAUACGAGUUAUUUGCUUGGGAGAUUUAGAAAAAUAUGCAAAUUUUAGUUUUGCUCGCAAUCGGAAUUAUUUUACUAUUUUUAAUUAUUUUACAUUACAUCACUAAAUCUUUAGGCUUAUUGAUCAAAUAUUCAAAAUUUUAAUAGAAUAAUCUAUAAUAUUUGAAGGGACAUUCAGAAAUGAAUCAAUAAAUCGAAGCCAUCACCAAUUUGUAUAACUUUAAAUAAAACCAAUAAUUGUACAAACUAUCUGAAAAUGCAUUAGAUCAAUUGAAUAUGCAAUAUUUUCGUAAAUUCAUCCAAUUUAUUCUAGAAUUGCUUUCAAAAUUGAAGGGCUAACAAGGUGAAGUAAAAAAAUCUGAAGAAUGUCUCCAAAUGGAGUAAACUUAAUACCCUAUGACUACAUAAUACUUAAAGUUUUAGAAAAAAUAUUAUUUGCAUGAUUACCAAGCUAAUAUAGAAGACAACACUGUUAAUCAGCUUAUAUAUUAUUUUUUAAUUAAAAAGUAGAAAUGAUGAAUAUUUUAUUUAUUUAAAUUAGUUAGCUUCUAUAUUACUCAUAUAAUCAUUCCAGAAAUUACUUGCUUUGUAUCCAAUCCCUUCGAUAGAUAAGUAAUAAUACAAUCAAAAUUUAGAAAUUCUCAGCAUAUAAUAAAGAGGACAAAUUACUGAAAUAUUAUUUAGUUUCAGUAUCAAAUUUUAAAUAAUUUAGAAUAGUAAUAACAGAUUAACAAAGUUAAAAAUAUUGGCAAAAUGUUUAGGCCAAUUUAGAAUUAAUUCAAAAAUAAAAAUAGUGAAAAAAUGAUGAACAUUCAUUAGAAAACUCCUUUCCCCAUACCUAAAUUCAUACGCUUGUUAAAUACUAAAAUUAUUCACUCAUAAAAGGGAGGAUUGGGAUAAAGAUUAGAAACGAAUGGUUUGAAUUAAUUCGGUUACAAAAUUAGAUGCUUCUUCUUGUGA